GUGACACCACUUGAACCACGCGCCACUACAGCCUGCCCGGCAUGGAGGGCGAAUGCCGGGUGUUCUCCAUCCAGAGCCAUGUCGUCCGCGGCUACGUGGGCAACAGGGCUGCCAUGUUCCUGCUGCAGGUUUUGGGGUUUGAGAUUGAUGCCGUGAACUCUGUGCAUUUUUCGAACCACACAGGCUAUGGCCAUUGGAAGGGCCAAGUGUUGAACUUCCAGGAGCUCCAUGAGCUGUAUGAAGGCCUCAAGAUGAACAAGGUGAAUAUGUAAGACUCCGUGCUCACUGGUUACACGAGGGACAUGUCCUUCCUGUCGAUGGUGGUGGACAUCGUGCGGGGACUAAAGCAGCAGAAUUCCCGGCUCGUGUUUGUGUGUGAUCCUGUGAUGGGUGACAAGUGGAACGACGAAGGCUCCAUGUAUGUCCCCAAGGACCUCCUUCCGGUGUACAGGGAGAAAGUGGUGCCCGUGGCAGACGUCAUCACACCCAACCAGUUUGAGGCUGAGUUGCUGAGUGGCAGAAAAAUCCACAGCCAGGAAGAAACAUUUGAGGUGAUGGACAUGCUGCACUGCAUAGGUCCUGACACGGUGGUCAUCAACAGCUCUGACCUGCCCUCCCCAAAGGGUAGGGACUACCUGAUGGCACUGGGCAGCCAGAGGAUGCGGAAGCCUGAUGGCUCCACAGUGACCCAACGCAUCCGGAUGGAGAUGCACAAGGUGGAUGCCGUCUUUGUGCGCACUGGGGACCUCUUCGUUGCCAUGCUUCUGGCGUGGACACACAAGCACCCGGACAAUGUCAAGGUGGCCUGUGAGAAAACUGUGUUUGCCAUGCAACACGUGCUGCAGAGGACUAUCCGGUGUGCAAAAGCCGAAGCAGGAGAGGGACAGAAGCCCAGCCCGGCUCAGCUGGAGCUGAGGAUGGUCCAGAGCAAAAAGGACAUCGAGGACCCGGAGAUCGUCGUACUGGCCACGGUGCUGUGCGGGCCGCGCACACUCACCCUGACGCACAGCGUGCUGGGGGGUUUCCGUUCUAUCCCUGUGAAAAGCUGUAACGUCUGCCUUAGAGCCAUGACUGAGACUUGA